AUGAGUCGAAUAGGGGCUUGGUUUCGGGGAGCCGCCCCACAAUUGGGUUCGAGCUCGGCACCGUCACAAGCAGACCUCCGGGCUCGUAGGUUAGCCACGUUGCAAGCCGCAAUUGCUAACACAUCCCUGAUCAUGAACGAUGACAUCGACGGCGCCGAAAAGGGACUGCGGGAAGGCGACUCGCCUUUUCAUCUCCUCGGGUUGGGCAUCUGUACUUUUAUGAGGAGUAUCCUCGGCUUCGAGAAAGAGAUCAUGCUUGAAGCGAGCAAUCGUCUGACUGCCUGCGAAAACAGUGCUUGGAACGAGUUGAAGAGAGCUCAGAGGGAGGCCAAACCCGGGGAAGACCGGAUAUAUCCACCCGGAAGCGAGUACGCGUUGGUCAUUGCCGAUGCCCAACUCAUGUCUGCUAUUAUAGCCGUCCUUCAUGAGAGUUUGACUGAAGCUCUCAAAGGCUUCUAUAAGCUGCGGAAGGCCUUCAUUGCGCUUGAUGAGAUUAUGCAAGCGGAGACGGCUUACCUGAAGAAAAAGGGACUUCAUUCAAGUUCGUCAUUGUCGAAUGGGCAAGCUGCUACGUCUUCAAGCUCAACACCUAGCGGACGCCUUAACGGAACUGACGACACCGACACUGAUCUUGAGUUCGAAGAUGCGGAUGAGGCACAUUCAGGAGGGCAUACUCCUUUGAAUUAUGCCGGUCAUCUCGCCAAGGAUUCUAUCCCUCCCGAGAAACAAUUAAGUCAACUAUCUUUAAAUUCUAAAUCUACAACAAGGCCGGAGUCGAAAAAGACGAGCAUACCGGUGAGCUCAUCUUCGGCCAUUCCUGAUUCGGAUAUCUUCAAAGAUCCUGUAGAUAUUUUCAUCCACAGCGGUGUUAACAUGUGUUUCGGCUCCCUGUUACUUCUACUUUCAAUGGUCCCACCAACCUUCUCGCGUCUACUCUCCAUCAUUGGCUUCAAAGGCGACCGGGAGCGUGGCAUAAAUAUGCUUUGGCAGAGCUCUAAGUUUGAUAACAUCAACGGAGCCGUGGCAGGCCUCAUGCUACUCUCUUACUAUAACGGUCUCCUAAGCUUUGCUGACAUCCUACCAUCCGAUCAGGAUGUGGAGAAAGGUGCAUUCGGGGGUUAUCCAAAGGCCAGGUGUAGUGCACUGCUUGUUCAGAUGCGUUCACGUUACCCCGAUAGCGGACUUUGGCGAUUUGAGGAAGCUCGAGUCCUGGCCAAUAGCAGGAAAUUGCGUGAUGCGCUCGAGAUUCUUAAGGAUAACCGGGAGUCAAAGAUGCGACAGGUCACCGCUCUCAAUAAUUUUGAGAUGGCGUUAGUCUCCAUGUUCGUCCAUGACUACGAUGACAUGCGCGACAACUUUCUCCGCUGUGUUGAACUCAACGAUUGGAGUCCCUCAUUGUACUAUUACAUCGCUGGGUGUGCGGAGUUGGAGAAUUACCGGAACGCAUUCCACAGCACGGAGAAGGAUGAGUCGCUGAUACAUCUCCACAAAAAGAAGGCAGAUGAACUCCUCCGAAAGGCGCCUACCCUCGCGGGCAAAAAGCGCUUCUUAGCUAGGCCUCUACCCUUCGAGCAGUUCGUCGCUCGAAAGCUCCAGAAGUGGGAGGAGAGAUCCAAGGCGCUAGGUGUUGACCUAGUCGACGCCGUUGGUGUCAGCCCCGCACAGGAGAUGACGUUCCUGUGGAACGGGACAAGGAAGAUGCAAACGGCAGAACUCAAGUUGUCAGAGAGAGCUCUAUCCUGGGACAGACUGACCGCCUCUGGUGAAGCACGGAAGAAGAUCAAGGAGGAGAUCGACGAGCAAGCCUCUAGAGACGUUUGUCGGGCUGCGGUGGAACGCGAGCUAGGCAACCUGGACUCCGCUCGUGAGUUGCUAGACAGUGUUUUAGCUAUGGAUAAGAUGGCAUUCAGGGGCGCCACCAAAGACGAUUACGCACUGCCCGCAGCUCAUUACGAGAUGGCGGUGCUUGCGUGGAUCGAAGUGCAGAAGCCCGAACUUCGGGGGCCAAUCGACGAGGAGGACGAAGAGGAUUGGCUGUACGAGAAGGUGGAAGAAUGCCAGUCCUGGCUUGACAAGGUGGCCAAGUGGGAGGCGUUUGUCCUGGAUGCCCGUAUCGGUAUGCGUGUCCAGACGGGUAUGGAUACGAUUAUGUGGUUCAAAAAGGGGCACGGGUGGACAGCCGCAUGA